GUGGGACAAUGUGGUGUUUGGUGCUCAGCGCACCAGCAGCCACCCACGCCCAGGCAGCAGCAGUAGCAGCCUCCCACGCCAGGAACUGCGUCACGGUCCUGAGUGGGAAGCAGAGAGAGAGGGAGAUAGCUGUCAGUGUGGCAGGAGCGGACUCUCCCAUGUCAGGCCGGAGGGGAGGGGGAGGAGAGGCGGUGGUGUGAGCCGGGGAGACUCCCCCUCCCAGCCCGGGGCCGCGCUGCUGCUGCUGCUACUGACUGAUGGACUGAGAGGGAGGAGAGGAGGCGCCGCCCACUGCACGCACGGGGCUGCUGCUGCUGCUGCGGGACACCGGGACAUCAGCCUCUGGCUCUCUCCUGAGGAGGCGGUGAGGUUCACUGAUCGGUCAUGGCGUCUUCGUUACCCAGGACGCUGGGGGAACUCCAACUUUAUAGGAUAUUACAAAGAGCCAACCUGCUCUCUUACUUUGAUGCCUUCAUACAGCAGGGGGGUGAUGACGUUCAGCAGCUGUGCGAAGCCGGAGAAGAGGAGUUCUUGGAGAUAAUGGCACUGGUUGGGAUGGCCAGCAAGCCUCUCCAUGUUAGGAGACUGCAGAAGGCGCUGAGAGAUUGGGUCACCAACCCUGGCGUGUUUAACCAGCCGCUAACAUCCUUACCAGUCAGCAGCAUUCCAAUCUAUAAGCUUCCAGAAUCCUCCUCCUCGUUAUUGGGACUAAGCUCCAGCAGCUACGAAAGGAACAGUACCGCCAGGGAACCGCACUUGAAGAUCCCGAAGUGUGCAGCCACGACGUGCGUGCAGAGCGCAGGGAAGUCGGAAGGCGCGGGGAAUUCUCCGCUGCAGUUUAGCAGCGAGGGGAGGCACUGGCCGAGUCACCACACUACAGACAGUGAACACAGCCUGUCCCCUGCGGACCUCGGCUCCCCGGCAUCGCCGAGAGACACCAACGAGACCUUGGACGCCGCGGCUGCGCUCUCCGUAGCCGAAUGCGUUGAGAGGAUGCUACUUUCGUUGCCAAAGAGUGACUUGGGUGAGGUCAGGGAAAUGCUGAAGAACAACAAGAAGUUGGCAAAGAUGGUCGGGCACAUAUUUGAAAUGGCGGACAAGGAUCCGCGCAAAGAAGAGGAGGUCCGCAAGUACAGUGCGAUCUACGGCAGGUUUGACUCUAAGAGGAAGGAUGGAAAUCACUUGACUCUACAUGAGCUAACUGUGAAUGAAGCUGCGGCUCAGCUUUGCAUGAAGGACAUCGCACUACUGACCCGGCGUGACGAACUCUUCACACUGGCGCGGCAGAUCUCCCGGGAAGUUACCUACAAAUAUACCUACAGAACUACCAAGUCUAAAUGUGAGGACCGAGAUGAGCUGUUGCCAAAAAGAAUUAAAAUUGAGGACGGCUUUGGAGAUUGCCAGGAGAUACUACUCGUACUGCACCAGCAACUGGAGUCUCUAAAAGAGCAGCUUACCAUCGCCAAAGCCAACGGGGAGGAGUCAUCCGUACAGAGUCUGCAGGGUGAAAUAGAAAAAGUGGUGGCGAAACAGAUGGAGGUAUUCCGGAGCUCAGGGUAUGAGGUUUUGCAUAGUCCCCAGAAAGUUCAUGUAAAGCAGAAUGCAGAGGAGAGUGACCCCCCAGCCAUGGCGUCUGAGAGCUCCAAUGGGCAAGCAGACAGUCCUAUGACGCUUAAAGAUUACUCACAAGCAGCCUUAAGCAAUACAGAGAGAAGAAUCAUCAAGCUGGAGCCGGAAGAUAGAAGAUAGCUGGGGAGACGAUCCGCUCAGCGAUUUCCUGGAAGUUCUCUCCCGCAGCGAGCGAGCCUUAAGCCUCUACCACGGUUGCCUCAUCACUGUAGUCCUGUACUGAUUUCCAAGCCAAAGCCUAAAGACCAGUGUGACUGGUAAAAUAAGAGACGCAAGACUGCGCUGGGACACAUUCCUCUCCUGCGCACAUAAUGACGCCUCCCACUCUGACUAUUUAAAAAUGUAAAAUAUUUUAGUUUUUUAAACACGUGUAAGUUACAUGCGGUGCAGGUGACAGGGCGUGUAUCCGCUGUAAGUUACAAGCAGCGCAGGUGACGGGGCCUGUGUCCGCUAUUAGUUACAAGUAGUGCAGGUGACGGGGCGUGUGUCGGCUGUAAGUUGCGGCGCAGGUGACAGGGCAUGUAUCCGCUGUAAGUUACAAGCAGCGCAGGUGACGGGGCGUGUGUCCGCUGUAAGUUACACAUGGCGCAGGUGACGUGGCGUGUAUACGCUGUAAGUUAUACGCGGCGCAGGUGACAGGGCGUGUAUCCACUGUAAUAUAUGUUACUAUAAAUACUGUUACUGGAA